AUCGGUUUUUCGUCCCAUCCGAACGACUAGACAGCUGUCCUUGUCAGGCCCUCCGUUCUGCAUCACUGACAAGGGGAAACCACGCCGGAAAAUCUGGAUGAACUUUCUCGGCCAAUGCAGGGAUCGAACACCCGACCUCCAGGCUAGCGAGCCAGCGUCUUACCACGUGAUCCCCUUAACCGGAAACAAGUCAUCGCUACUCAAGUAAUACAUUUUUCAGGGAAGCUUCCAUAAUAUUUCUUACAUACUUUUUUAUAGCAGGGGGUGGUGAUUGGUCAAAACCUGGCCUAGGCGUUGUGGAUGGUUUACAACCAAUUACCAAUUCGAGCCAUUCUGUGACAAAGACCACAGGGGAGUUUAUCACACCAGAGCGUAAAGCAAAGGGGUCUAAAAAGGAAAGAGGAAAGAGAAAAAUGAAUAAAAGAUCUCGUAAGAAAUGUAAAAGGCAUCACCGUGUAGAUGUAUGUGAUAUAAAACUGAAAAGAAAUGGAUGGCCAAAAGAUAACAUAAACGCGGUAUUUGGCUGUCGUGUUCGACUAAGAAAAUGUAUAAACAACUCUCUUUUUCCCGACACCUGGAACAGAAUUAAGUCAGAUAAACCAAAAAGACCAAUGUAUGAAAAAAGAAAUGUAAGCCUGGAUGAUACAGGUUUAUACGGUGAUGUUUAUCUUAAUGUUUCGGAAUUUCGAUGGAAAAAUGAUACUAUCCAGUUUAUAAAGGUUCGCCUGGGUGGUACUGUAGUUAUGGAAUGGGAAUUUGAAACACCAUCCGUGGAUAUGAAGGUUUAUGUUCACAGGGAAAAUCGCACAAAUAAAAAAAAAAUAUAUAUAGCGGAAGUCGAUAAGAAUUGUGGGAACAUGCAUAUCAAUUUAACCAGAAGUGGUGAAACUCAGAAAGUUACCUUUACAAUAGACAAUACAACAAUAGAAGAUCUUAACUUUAAUUAUGGCAUAACUGUACAAUUCAGUGGUACCUGUAUUAUGGUUAGCCCCUUGAUAAAGCUUAUUGAAGACUUUGAUUUUGUUUGGCUGCCGAGUUCCGACACAGUGAACAUAGAAUUUGAACAAAGUGUAGAGUUAUUUUGGUCAUACAAAACACAACGAUCUCCUACCAGAAUUAUACUUAAACGGAAAAGCGACAUUAAGAAAGAAAGGGUAGGAAUAUGGACAUUGGCUAAUGGAUUUCAAACUGAAUUAAAUAUUUCAACCAUUUUUAGUAAAACGGUUAUUUAUAAUUCUAACAUCACCGAUGGGUUUAUUUACGAAACAGUUGGUCUUAAAUUAUCGGAAGUUAACUUGGAAGAUAUCCGCGUUGUCUACUAUUGCCGUGUCAUCUAUGGGAUGGAAUAUAGAUAUACCAAAUACGUAACCUUAAUACAUGCAGAAUCUACAACAAUUAAUGUUUAUGAUGAGGUUAUACCAGAAAAGAAGAGUUUAAUAAUCUUAUUGGUCAGCAUGGAAUCAGCAAUAUGUAUACUCUUGGUGGUGUUCCUAAUAGUAACAAUAAUAUUAUUUUUUUGCAUAAAAUACACGGGAUGCAAAUCCAAGAAGCAAGCUUGCCAGAAUCAGAUGAUACCAAGUGCGUACAGUAAAUAUCACGUGACUAUAGAAAAGGAAUCAGUCCCGUUUUGUAAAAAACUGUGUUGGUUAGGACAUUAUAAAAUGACACAGGAUGAAUAUCACAAUUAUGAUGAAGAACUACUUUAAGGGAGGCAACCCUUGUACCACAAUUUAUAGAGUAAUCACCCUUAACAUUCUCACAAAUUUCAUUUGGUAAAGAUAUGAAUGGUGAAUAUUAUCAACGCUAUAUGUAGCUUAUUCAGUGGAGACGCGGGUCGGGGGGGAGGGAGGGAGAGAGAGAGAGAGAGAGAGAGAGAGAGAGAGAGAGAGGUGGGGUUUAAUGUCCACUCUACACAAACUAGGUCAUUUUGGGUCUAAUACAUGGUUCACUUUUAUUUCAAUAAUUCGCUUGCGCGUAGGGGUCUUUAGCAAUGGGAGGAAACUGGAGUACCCUGGAAAACCCAUGAGGUUGGACAGGCGACCUUACUUCUUGUCACGUACAACCGGAGAAUCGAAACCACGCCAGUCGACUCAAUGGCAGACCUUAUGAUACAGCGCGCACGUGCUAACCAUUUGGCCAUCCAACCCUUCCGCCCCCGCCCCCUCACACACACGCGCGCGCGGGAAAGUCUCCGCCGGGGUGUUGGGUAGUUUAUUUUUUUAAAAUUCAAGGCUAAAAUCACGGAUCGUGCCCAAGAUAAGGAAAUUGGUUAUCAGAAAUGAUAGCAUCCGUCAGGCAAAUCGGGCUUGGAUAUAGCCAGCCUUGAAUUAGAUGUAAAACCAUUAAUUUUUUUAAUUUUGGCGAUCCUACACAUACAAAAGUCGAAUCGAAACCCCGAAGAUUGAAUUGAUGAUAUACCUCGUGAUCUUUAAUCACCUCCACCCCACCCUCAAAUUAAUAUGGCACGUUGACAAGAUAGCAUAACACUUAAAAAGAUAUAAUAGUUUGAUCGUGAGGAAGAUAUCAUGGCCAUUUGAGAAGAUACUAUUUUAACAAGACAAGACACCCAGUUAACAACAUAAGACAGCUACGGUGUUUUAUAUUGGGCAAUCAGAGGAGUAGGUGCGCGUUGGAUCACAAGGUCGAUCAUUGAGUCAAGUGGCGUGGUUUCGAUUUCCCGCUUAUACGUGAUAAGGAGUAGGGUCUACUGGCCACCCUCCUGUGCUGAAGACCCAUAGCUACUAUAUUUUAUUUUAGUCUCGAAAUUACCAAGUUUGUACCAGUGGACGUUAAACCCCAUUUCUUACUCUCUCUCUCCGGUGCAUUAUUGUCGAUAAUAAUGUACGGUAGGCCUAUAAGUAAAUCUCUAUGUAAAUAGGUAGAUCUAUCAUAAGUAGAUUAGAACACCACUGCCAUUUAAGAGUGUAAAACGAUAAAAUAGAUAAUCGAGACUAUUUAAUCGAGUCAGAUUAAAGUAAUUUGACUGAAAUUUUCCAUACAUUCAAUUUUCAUUACCGGCUUUAUCUAUUUUUGUACUAUUAUAUAAUCUUUAAAUAAACGAUUAUAAGAACGUA